ACUCUGUCAGGCGAUUGUCUCCCACUGCUACGCCGGUGUCAGUUUGUCCGGCUUGUCUGCUGCUCACUCUCGGCUGCUGACGGCGACUGACGGCUGCUGCGGCGGGCGGGGCCUGGUGUUUGGAGGCUGAGCGGCGCCGGGUGAGGGGCCCGGAGGAGGAGGAGGAGCAGUAGCGGGAGGAGGAGCCGUGUGCCCUGGCACUGAGCGGCCGCGGCCAUGGCGUACGCCUAUCUCUUCAAGUACAUCAUCAUCGGCGACACAGGUGUUGGUAAAUCAUGCUUAUUGCUACAGUUUACAGACAAGAGGUUUCAGCCAGUGCAUGACCUCACUAUUGGUGUAGAGUUCGGUGCUCGAAUGAUAACUAUUGAUGGGAAACAAAUAAAACUUCAGAUAUGGGAUACGGCAGGGCAAGAGUCCUUUCGUUCCAUCACAAGGUCAUACUACAGAGGUGCAGCCGGGGCUUUACUAGUAUAUGACAUUACAAGGAGAGAUACAUUCAACCACUUGACAACCUGGUUAGAAGAUGCCCGCCAGCAUUCUAAUUCCAACAUGGUCAUUAUGCUUAUUGGAAAUAAGAGUGAUUUAGAAUCUAGAAGAGAAGUAAAAAAGGAAGAAGGUGAAGCUUUUGCACGAGAACAUGGACUUAUCUUCAUGGAAACUUCUGCUAAGACAGCUUCAAAUGUAGAAGAGGCAUUUAUUAAUACAGCAAAAGAAAUUUAUGAAAAAAUUCAAGAAGGAGUCUUUGACAUUAAUAAUGAGGCAAACGGCAUUAAAAUUGGCCCUCAGCAUGCUGCUACUAACGCCACACAUGCAGGCAGUCAGGGGGGACAGCAGGCCGGGGGCGGCUGCUGUUGAGUCUGGGUCACCGUCUCGCCGCCCGGACGGGGCCUGCUCACGGUUUCCUCCACCCUCUCCUGCUCGGCUGAGACAUGAAACCGUUCUAAAUGGCUCUAUGUCACAGAAGACUUUACUCUUUCAAAUUCUUGUAUAACUUUGAAUAAAUGGUUAACGUUCACUUAAAAAGACAGAUUUUGGAGAUUGUAUUCAUAUCUCUUUGCAUUUGAUUUCUAGGUCAAUUGAUGUGAUUAUUUUUGUUAAAUGUCGUCUUGUGCCCUUACCUACGAACUGAAUUAUAUAGUAAACACUACAAAGUCAUCGCAAGUAUUUUAAAUUGGUUUGUGUAGUUAGGUUUCCCAACACCUGUGGUUACCUAAUGUUUAAUAAUAAUGGAACUGUCCUUAAAAAGUUUGUCAAUUUUCAAGGCUAUAAAGAAAAGCAGAAGGAUUCUUUUAAUUCUGUAUUUAUCAUUUACUUUCUGUAUAUAUAGUUUAAUAACCUGCUUGGGUGUAAUUUGCCAAGCUUGAAUUCAUUAAUGCAUUUGCAUAAACUCUAAACCGUUUAGAGCUUAAGGCUACUGAAGCAUUGUUAGAAAUUGCUUGGACACUGAAUUUUAAACUUUUUGAUGUUGUUAGCAAGCAUGUUCAUCUUUUCUUGUCACUAGUCCAAGGAAAAUAUGCUUAAUAUACAUUUUAAAGGCUAUGUAUGUGUUAACCUGUUUUAAUGCCAAAAGUUUGCUGUUUGUCCACAAUUUCUUUAAGACCUCUUGAGAAAAGGAUUUGUUUGCCUUAAUACUGUUGGGUGACAACACAGUAAUGACUGGAGUGGGCAGAAGCAAGAAGUCCGGACACCUGAGCGAUUCCAGGAAAAACGAGUGAAUGUCCACAUUUAAAUGGCACAUUAUGAGGACUUUCAUUUUUCCUUAAACACAAUAAUUUUUUAUUCACAUGAUUUCUAAAUAUUUUUCAUGCAGGACAGUUUUUCAACCUUGAUGUACAGUGACUGUGUAACAUUUUCUUUCAGUGGUAGCCUAUAAUAUUUAAAAUACGGUAAGCAUCUUGUCUGUUUGGAAGGGGAUAUGACCAUAAAUCUACCAGAUGAAAGAUCCUGUUAAAAAGUAGAAAAGCUUUAGUAAUUUACUGAGUGUGGUGGUUUUAUCUUUUUUUUUCAUUUCCUUUCUUGGUCUAUAAUGAAAUUGUUAUAGCAGUGCAAAAUAAAAUCCUAUGUAUAAAAUUGUUCUUUAUUAUGACCACAUCAUUUUAAAUGUAUUUUUUAAUCCAUCUAUACAUUUUACAUGUAUAUAAGCAUAUUUUUAAAGGGUCAGAAUGUUUAACACCCUUUUUUAUUUUUACUUUUUUAAGAUUUUACUUAUUUAUUUUUAGAGGCAGGGGGAAGGAGGGAGAAAGAAAGAGAUACAUUGAUCAGCUGCCUCUCGCGUGUCCCCCAGCCAGGGACCUGGACUGCAACCCAGGCAUGUGCCCUGACCAGGAAUCGAACCAGAAACCUUUCAGUCCAUAGGCCAGUGCUCAAUGCGCUGAGCCAUACCAGGCAGGGAAUUGCUGUUAUUAAAAAUUUUGCUAAAAUGUGAUGAAACUCUUGACAAUAUUGAUAUUAUUUCUGUUAUGUUGAUGUAAGCAAUAGUUUCUACUUCUCAUCCAGCACAAAAGCACAUUGAAACCAUAAAAAAGCUCUAUAAAGAAAUCCUAGAGCUAAAACUACUUUCGAUUCACUCCUGACUUCAGCGCUGCAUAGGUCCUCCCCGAAUGUUCAGCAGUUGCUCUUGUGAAGCUUUCACGGUACUCUUGCGUGGAGCCGCCCACCUGAGUUUGGUUUUACCUUGCUCCUGGAGGGCAGAGGGAAGGCGAGAGGAAGUGGAGUUUCUUGAGUAUUUUUAGUAUAAACUGUUGUUUCCUUAAAGUUUUCAUACCAAAACCAUUGAUCAUUCCAUUUAGUGUUGAGUAAAAAAAAAAAAAAGCUAAGGCAACCGAGCUUUGUUCUGCCAAUUUGUUAAACCACAAAAAAGGUGAUUCUUUGGACCUUAUUUUUAAACUGCUGUUAGCUUUUCCAGAAGUUUAAUGUGAUUCUUUUUCAUGCCGUCUAGCCUAAUUCUUUCAUAAGUCAGGUAUAAUAAAAGCAACAAUGGUUAAAAAAAGAAAAAGAAAGAAAAACCAGUACAUGCACUAAAUACCCUAAGAAAAGAUAGUCCUCAAAUAUAGCUCCUACCCCAGCAACCUUAACCUGCCUCACCUCUAGCCUGGGGAGCAGGGGUGAGUAGUGAACGGACUUCUCUCUAGUUUAUUACCACUUUGUCUACAUAUCUCAUCUACUCAAGGCAGUUGACAAAGCAGUAUUACUCACUGUGUGCUUUCUAUUCUCUGCUCAUUUUAUUACCCCUGUCACAAGUAGUGUGUUGCAAUAGCAGUGGCACCUGUAAUAGAACCUUUAAUACUGUAAUUGAAUCUUUAAUCUUUGAUUAAUUUUUGUAGCAUUGUAUGGAUGUGUUUUAAGAGCUAAAAAAUCAGUCACUAAAAAAAAAAAUAAAUACAGCGCAUAACAUUCCAAAGUUGUAAUCUUUGUAAAGAUAGUGUUGCUGUUUGUCUUCUGAAUUUGAGACAACUGAGUGGUUAGCAGGCUUUUUAAAAAGUGGCCUAUAAUUAGAUAAACAGUACAGGGUGGGGCAAAAGUAGGUUUACAGAUGUGAGUAUACAAAACUGUUUUGUUAUUAUUUACUAAUUAUUGUAUUAUUUUUCCAAAGCAACGACUAUAAACCCACUUCUGCUUCAGCCUGUAUAUGGAAACUUACUGAAUCUUUGUAGAUGGUUUUUGUUGUUUUUUUUAAAUUUUAAAAUACCCUAUUAGCAGGAAAAAUGUUUCUAUGUAUCUUCUAAUAGUCAAGAGGGUAGGAAUGUAAAUAAUACCAAAAUGUGUCUAAUCACUCAAAAAAUAAUUUAUGUCCCGCUUUGGAACAUACCAAUUUUCUCAUAGGUAGUGAAGCCCCAUUUGGACUCAGUAAUGAGGUUGGCAGGGUAGGAUUUGACUAUAUGAGCUAAAAAAUAAUAUAAGAAGAAAACCAUAACAAUGAAAAAAGAACCCUGUUUCAUACAAAGAAUUGACUAUACAAAUAGAGCAACAUAUCUACCUGUGUUUCUUAAGAGUUUGUAUGUGCUUGGAGUUCAAAGGAAAAUGGAAUCUAACUUAAGCACAGCAUCUCACUUUGCAUUGGCAUAUGGUAGAGAAUGGUCCAUAUUUUUUUGAGGUCAUUAUGGGGAACUUUAAAGUACCAGUGUAUAUAUUCAGUGUUCAUUAAUGUUACAAAGUCACGAGGCCAGCUCUUAAAACUUGAAGAACAAAGGACUGUAAACGUAAUAGGAAAAAAAAAUGAGAAGAGACAGUGAAUUCCAAAAACUAAUAUAAAAAUGUCCCUAAAAUACAUUUUUAAAAUUCAAACAUACUUGGAGAAAUGCAUAUUAAAACCCUACUAUUUCUUACCUACGGGAGUAGAAGUUCAAUAAAAGUAUGACAGCACAUUGUGUUUGUAAAACACUCGUGUUACUAAUGGAAGUGCAAAUUAGUACUACCUUUCUGAAUAAAAACUUCGCAAAACCCAACAAAACCAAAAUAGACUUUCACCUGUUGUGCCAGCAAACCCACUGGUAGGAAAAUACCCCGAUGAUACCCUCCCAGCGGGCAGAAGCACAGAGGCACAAGGUUGCUCGUUGCAGCGUUGGUUGUAAUUGCAAAAUAAUUGAAAAUGACCUGAUUGUCUGUACUUGGGAGCACUCUCCUAUAAAAUAAACUGGUAAGUCCA